AUGGUGGACCGCGCGUAUCGCAACCCGCUCGAUUCACUCGUCAAGUUUCUCGACUCCAAACAUGGCGAAGACUGGGCUAUAUGGGAGUUCCGCGCCGAAGGGACGGGCUACCCAGACUCAGAGGUCUACAAUCGCGUCUACCACUACCCUUUUCCCGACCAUCAUCCGCCGCCUUUCGCCCUCAUACCAAACAUCAUGGCCAGCAUGCGCAACUGGCUGCACGAGAAGAAGGGCAGGGUCGUCGUAGUACACUGCAAAGCCGGGAAGGGGCGGUCGGGCACUGCUAGUUGCAGUUAUCUGAUCAGCGAGGAAGGCUGGCCGGUGCACAAGGCUCUGGACCGCUUCACUGAGCGGCGCAUGCGGCCGAACAUGGGCAAAGGCGUUAGUAUCCCCAGUCAACUGCGCUGGAUAGACUACGUGGACCGCUGGGCGAAGCACGGCAAGAUAUAUGUAGAGCGACAGGUGGAGAUUCUCGAAGUGCAUUGCUGGGGCCUCAGAGACGGCGUCAAGAUCCAGGUCGAGGGCUUCGUCGAGGACGGCAAGCUCAUCAAGAACUUCCAUACCUUCACACGCGACGAGAGGGAGAUUGUACGGGGUGAGGUCAAGACUACUGGCAUGGCACAGGCGGUGCAAGAGGUCAUGUACAAGAACGGCUUCGGCCCGUCAAAGACUAGCGAAAACUCCAAGAAUGCUUCCACGUCCUCCCUGGAACAGCAGAACAACAUCGAUGGCACCACUGCCGAGCCGAGAGCAUCGCGCGAGAGCCUGCCCAUGGGCACCGGCGAUGUCGUCUUCCGUCCGUCCAAGCGUGUAGUUCUUCCCACAAACGAUGUCAACAUCGACGUCGAGCGCCGUAACAAAGCUGCCUUCGAUCUGACUAUGGUCACCGCUGUCGCGCACGUCUGGUUCAAUACAUAUUUUGAAGGCAAUGGCCCUGAGCAGAACGGCAACGUUGACCAAUCCGGCAUCUUCGAGAUUGCAUGGGAGGCCAUGGACGGCAUCAAAGGCUCAUCGCGGAAAGGCACACAAGCUUUCGAGCGCAUAGCAGUAGUCUGGCGCGCGCUUUCUAGCGACGAAGGUCGACCUGGUGUUGUCAUCACAGAACCGAAAGAGGGAGAGCCGGUCUCACAAGCGGGACCCGCAGAUUGGAGGGGUACUAAGGGUGUGGAGCCGUCCGAAGACAAAGAUCUAGGUGUUCGUACAGCCAGUCCACCCAACGCUGAUUCAGACAUCAGUCGAGCAAAUAGCGUCCGAAGCGAAAACAAGAACAACGCCAACAUCGUCAACGCUCCCGGACGAAGAGAUAGUGGAGACAGUGACACCAAGGAUGUCCGAUCACAUGGUCCAAAUGGAGAGGAAGUUUUGACAGAGCCAAAUGGUUCCCGCGCAAGUACAGAGGCUAGCGGCAGUGGGUCAACAGCGCCAGCCUCGCACCCCACACUAUCAAAUCGUCUAGAUAACUCUAGCAAUGCUGCUAGUGACUCGCAGGCCAUCGACCAACCUACUGGGUCACACAAGAGCGGGGGUCAUGUCAGUGGAGUUGCGGAGAGCCUCAAGUAUCACAUCUCAGGAGCAGCUCACACCAACGAUCUACCUGAUGGAAAGCCUGAGAGUGAAAUGAAGGAUGCGAAGGAGCACGGAUUGGGACACAUGACUUUUGGCAAGAAGAAGUCAAGCUCGUGA